AUGAGUGACAGUCAUGUCGUUUCAGAGAUAGGAGUGCAGACAGACUUCCCGCCCGGAACCGUCUUGCUUUACGACCCGGCCAGGGCGUCGACAGAGAUCGUCCUCCAUCCCAUUCCAUCAGUUGAUCCAAAUGACCCCUUGAACUGGUCCAAAUGGCGCAAGGCGCUGAACUUCACAUUGGCCAACAUCUUCGUCCUCUUCACUUUUGUCCUCCUCGACAUCUCCUCAGUGGCGUACGGCUCAUACACGGUAGACCUGAACAUCACAUACUCGACCUUCACAGUCGCAUCCGCCGUCGGAUUCACAGGCCUCGCCAUUGGGUGUGUGCUUUUCAUACCGUUUGUCCACAAAUACGGCCGGCGUCCCAUUUAUCUUCUGAGCUGUGCUGUGCAGUUUGCCUCCGCAAUAUGGUACGCCAAGAUGAAUAGCGGCGGCGAAAUGAUUGCCGUGAGCUUGUUGUCCGGUCUGGGGGGUGCCCUCAGCGAAACCCUCGUCCAGGUCACCAUUGCCGAUCUGUUCUUUGUGCAUCAACACGCGACCAUGAGCGCUAUCUUCUUGCUCGUGCAGGCUGCGGGAUCCUUCUUAGGUCCGGUUGCCGCAGGCUACGUGGUUGUUUCGCAAGGCUGGCGAUGGAUAUGGUGGUGGUGCGCCAUCUUCCUGGGAGUCAACCUCUUCCUCGUCGGGGCCCUGUUCGAGGAAUCCAAGUACAUCCCUGAGCUAACCGGUCAUCCACCGGCAGCAACGUACCUGACCGAGGUCACCGCGACUGACAAAGACAACAAGAACGACCUGGUGUUUGUAGAGAAAGGCGACAGGGACCUCCGUCACAUCCAUUUGAAGCCACGAUCAUACAGACAGCGAAUGGCCCUGUUCACCAAGACAGAAGCAUCGGUCACCCACCAUUUCUACCAGCCAUUUAUCAUUCUUUGCAUGUUCCCAGCCGUCGCGUACACAGCCAUAACAUAUGGAUGCUUGAUAGCAUAUUACGCUGUCAUUGUCUCGGUGGUAGCUUCGACCAUCAUCUACCCACCGUACAACUUCAGCGCAUCAAGCCUGGGUCUGAUGUCUAUUGCUCCCUUCGUGGGCUGCGCACUGGGCAGUAUUGUAGGCGGACCGCUGAAUGAUCGACUGAUCAGCUGGCUCGCGAGAAGGAACCGAGGAAUAUUUGAACCGGAGAUGCGCCUCUACACGUCUUUACCAGCGGCAGUCCUCAACAUCGGCGGCAUUCUGAUUGUGGGGCUGGGUCUUGCGCAUGGCUUAGCGUGGCCAGCUCUCACUAUCGGCUUCGCAAUCUUUGGCUUUGGUCUUGUCAUUAUCGGAGAUGCUGCUCUGGCGUACUUGACCGACUGUUAUCAGGAUAUCGUUGGCGAUGCACUCGUCGCCGUCGUUUUCGUGCGGAAUGGAUUGUCUCUCGUCAUCAUGUUCUCUCUGAGCCCCUGGCGCUCUGCACUGGGGAUUCAAAACCUCUUUGUAUCGCUCGCCAUGAUCGCCCUUGCGAUCUUCCUUCUUCCCAUUCCACUGAUGAUGCCGAAGCCAGGGCACCGAAAUGAGAAGAUCCUGAAGUCGUGGGAGCUCAAAGUGGAAACGAACAUCAGCGAAAUGGGGUGUUGUCUGAUUCUUCUCGCCCCCAAAAUCUGUAAACUUAAGGUUAUUCUCCUCACAGACCUGACCAUUCUGAAUCUUAAUCUUGUGGAUCUCAUGGAUGUCGUCGAACAAUAG